CAGAUACUCUGAUUAGACGGUAUGGUUUUUAAGGACCAGAGAAUUGAGUCAAAGUACGGGGACAUCACAGGGUACUUAAAUGCUGCUACUGUAAUAAUGCACGCGGCGCUACCCUGCACAGAAAUAGAGAAAUAGAGUUCAUGAAAGGAAACGACCCCAGACUCCAAGAUGAGCAGGACUGUUUCGGAAUAUCACCACCAGUUUUACACGUGGGAGGUUUAUCCACGUAUAUACCAUUUCCAGAAAAGGUACAAAGAUAUACACAACAGAUUCUGCAAUAUAACAGGAAAAGGACCAUAUUCGUUCAUUUUCAAGAAAUCAGAUUUGUUUGACGACUUAACCAGCUUCAAAAGUAUGCUGGAAAAACCACUAGAUGUAUACGUCAUUGGCCGAGAAAAUCUUGACAAAGAUGAUUUAGUUGUAACGUCGGAACCACUUCAGCGUGCAAAAGAUGCCGCCUUGUUUCCACAGCAAGAACCUUCAAAAAGGAUGGCCGAAGAACACGGAAUAACACUUGUUGUAGCACACGUGCAGAUAAAAGAUGUUAAAGAAAACGGAAAGAAGGAAGUUCUAGAAACAGUACGACACUUUGCGUCCAAUCUUCGGAAAACAACACCAAUUUCAGUCGACUCAAUGCUCAUUGUAUGUCACACAAGUAUGGUAUACAAAGCUUCUGUGUUGGAAAAAUUCCGUCUUGACGUAGAAGAGAAAUUGGAGAAGUCUUUCGGAAUAAGCCUUACAGCGGACCAAUUUAUUUUCGGAGCGGGCAGUGAAAUGGUCAGUACGAAAAUUUCUGAAAUGUUAGAAACUCGAAUCAUACAGAGAUUUUGUGUGAUGAAGGAACAUUUACAAAGCUUCGUUAGAAAUAAAAGUAGCUUUAAGAUGGAAAACGUUGACAUUGUAGAAACAAAGCAAUUAAUAAGUGCGGUACAGGGAUUUUUGAAGAACGGUUUAGGAUUUGUUGACAUAUUAGAAGACAGUCAAGGCAAGGGCGAACGAUUUGAAGAAGUAGUUCUUAGCCAUCUUAUGUGCAUUAUAAGAUGUGCUGUCCUGGAUCCAUUGUCCCUAAAGUUUAACUUGACACAAGACGCAUGUAACCAGAUUGCUCAUGAAGUUAAAUUUGAAGAUAAAAUGAAAGGGAGUGUCUCUAAAAACACUCGAUACCAUUUGAGUAAACUUCAACAGCCGUGUGAGGAAAUGCGUAAGGCGAUGAAGACUAACAACAAAUGGAAAAAGUUUCCAGGAAGAAAUUUUAUGUUUGUCGCAUAUCCAUUGCGGGACGACAUCCGACAGGACAUUUUGCAGUUAGAAGAGGAUCUUGGAGUUUUGCGACGUACCGUGAAUGUGAUGAAGAAAAUGAUCUUUGAAAUUAACGGGAACAUCAAGCAAUCCAUAAUCGAAAAAGAAGAUUUGAAAAGGCCUAACCACAAUAAAACCUUUACCAAUGAAUUAAGGAAAAGCAUAUUAUCAAUUGAUGGCGUGUAUGGAACUGGAACGAUAUAUGGCGAGUGGGAAAUCCAUGUAAUAAACGAGGAAGCAGCAGAAAAAGUGAAGGGGCUAAUGACAAAGUUCAAAGUCAGGUAUCCAGUUCGGGUUAGGAACGUACUUAAGGAGCCACAAAACUUCGCAGGCGGUCAGAUGGAACAUGGUGGAGUACUAGAGAGUGAAUGCCCCGGUAACAAAUUUCUGUCGGGUACGUUGGGUACAUUCGCAGACAGCAACGUCGACGAGCUGUACGCUUUGACAUGCGGUCACGUUGUUUAUGCUGAUGAUAAUAUGGAACAUAAUGUAUACAUAAAAAACGGAUCCAAUGAAAGGCAGCUGUUUGCUAAAAGCUGCCCUGCCUUAGUAGUACGUACUGGCCAGCAACCACAUCCAUUAGUUGACAUUGCUGCGGUAAAAGUAAUCGAUUCAAUUCGUCCAAGGUGUACCAAAUUUCUGAAGGACGAUGAUGGAAUGAUGAAGAGUGCAGUGCUAGCGAAUGAGCACGUUGAUAGCUUUAGCUCACAAUAUAUAUUCAAGUACGGCGCUGCUUCGCACUUCACACAAGGUAUUGUGUGCUCUAAUGACUAUUCCAUUGCAGGCGGAUCAGAGGAUUACCUCGUCUUGAUUGCUGCCCUUCCCGGCUGCGCUGAUGAUGAGAAGUACGCAAAACCCGGCGACAGUGGUUCCGUGAAUUGCAUGCGCGAUAUCAAAAAAAAUAAAACAGUGAAAGUAGUGUCGAUGCUAAGUGCCGGAGAUUUCAAACUUAAGUAUUUGGAUGAAGAACUAUAUUUGUCGUUCCAGCUACGAAAAGGUCUGGAAAAACUUAGAGACAUGCACGAUGGGAUACAGUUAUAUCUUCCAUCAGCUUACAGUAAUCAGCAGAUGUAUUAAAACCAAUUUAAUUAACUGCUUUUGUGGAAGGGUGUCUUUUGAAGACAGCAUUUUUAUACGCGUCAUUGAAGGCAUAAGUCAUUAAAUAAAAAAGCAGGAAGGAUGUAGAAUAUGCAUAUUCCUAACA